AUGUCUGAAACCGUCCGUCCUGCAUUUUCCGGCCGCGAGCGCCCGCUGCUCUCAUACGGCAUUGCCUUCCCCGCCGCUGCCGCCCGACAUGUCACCGAGACCUUCCACGCUUCACGCGUAUAUGUAAUCUGUUCAGGCUCAUUGGCUCGGAAUACCGAUUCUCUUGACAAAUUGAAGACCGCACUGGGACCGGAGAAGGUCGUUGGGUGUCGUGUCGGGAUGCAGAGCCACACGCUCUGGUCCGAGGUCCUUGAGAUCACCGAAGAAGCGCGGAAUGCAAAGGCUGAUCUAAUUCUCACACUGGGAGCGGGCAGCUUGACUGAUGGAGCGAAGAUUGUUGCCUUGGCCCUCGCCAAUGAAGUUCGCAAACCAGACGAGCUCGAAACGCUUGCGGAAGGCCCGGAUCAAAGAACAAAUAUCCAGAAGCCUACCAUUCCCAUUAUUUCUGUCCCAACUUCCCUUUCUGCGGGAGAGUAUUCCAACUUCGCGGGUGGGACUGAAGAUGAGUCACGCCGGAAGUAUAGCUUUCAACCACCCACCCGUGGACCACAACUGAUCAUCCUGGACCCCGAACUGGCGGGAAAAACGCCCGACUCCAUCUGGAUCAGUACGGGUGUACGUGCUGUAGAUCAUUGUGUGGAGACGCUCUGUGCCAUCGUCGGGACGACAGCUGCGUCGGACGAAUUGGCGGAACGCGCGCUCGGCAUGUUGGUCCCUGGCCUCCUUCGCUGUCGCAAAGAUCGCGCAGACCGUGAUGCUCAUCUUCAGUGCCAGUUGGGAUCAGUGGAAGCGAUGGCAGCUUGUACGGGUGGCUCUGUGGAAUUGGGAGCUAGUCACGGAAUUGGACAUCAGCUCGGACCUCUCGGCGUUGGUCACGGCGAAACAAGCUGUAUUCUCCUCCCAGCUGUGUGUAAGUUCAAUGCAAAGCACAAUGCCAAUCGGGAUCGACAAUCGCGAGUUCGCGAAUUCCUCCUCAACGACCCAAUCGUAUCUGAGGUUCUACAUGCUCGGUUGGUCGAUACCGAGACAGCCGAUCUGGGUGAUAUCCUCGAUGGCGUGAUCCGUGAGCUAGGUAUGCCGCGGUCCCUUGCUGAUGUACAUGUUGGCCGUGAUAAGCUGGAUGCAUUGGCAGCGCAUAGUCUACACGAUCGGUGGUGCCAGUCCAAUCCGGUGCCAUUGAAGGAGAAGAAACAGGUACUAGAGAUUCUGGAGAUGGUGGUAGUCUAG